AUGGUGAAGCUGUACUGCGCGGUCGUUGGCGUCGGGAGUGUCUUUCCUGUGGAUAUUGACAUCAACGAGACUGUCGGAGAUCUGAAGGACAAGAUCAAGGAGAAAAAGCCCGGCUUGAUCUCCUUUGAUGCAGAUCUGCUGAAGCUGUACCUCGCGAGGGAGGGCAACAAGUGGCUGGACUCGCGAGACGAAGAUAUAAAGGCGCUCAAGGCGAAAAGAUUUCCAGAUCGAGUCAAAAAUCUCAUGCAAGAACACCUGCUGCUGGACGAGACAAUGGACCUCAGCAACGUUGCAUACUUUGGCCACUACUUCGAGCGCGUUGAAGGAGACAUCCAUGUGCUCGUGGAAUGUCCUGACGAGCCGGAACAAGUCAACAAGUACAAGCGUAAACCAGGAUGGCUUCGAUGGUACUUCUAUGGAGAAUUGGUUCUCAUGGCACUCGCCCUGGUCUUCUCUGCAGUCGUUGUUCUCUGUGGGAAAGGAAAAACGUGCUUAAACGCUGCUACAUUCACUAUAGUUAGUAGCGUGUUGGGAUCAUUGAUAGGGAUCAUGGAGUUCCGGAGACGACGCAUCAAGUCAAAGAUACCAACUGCGUACAGACGUUGGGGGUAUGAGUCGAUCGCCUGA